ACAGCCCUCAUGUUUCAUGUUCGCACACAAGCCAUUACAGCUGUUAGUGAAUCUCAGGGAUCUCUUCAAGGAAUAGAAAGAAAACAGCCUGGGUCUCUAUAAUAUUUAGAGCCUUUCAUCAAGUAGUAUUCUGCUCUAAUUUCUCAUUUUUAGAAGGAAAUCAGAAACCAAACCUGCAUCUCUGACUUCCUGCUCAUGGGCUUCUCUGAGUACCCAGAACAGCAGCCUCUCCUGUUUGGCAUCUUCCUGGGCAUGUACCUGGUCACUGUGUUGGGGAACCUGCUCACCAUCCUGGCCAUCGGCUCUGACCCUCGCCUCCACACCCCCAUGUACUUCUUCCUGGCCAACCUGUCCUUCAUCGACACCUGCUUCUCCGGCACCAUUGUCCCCAAGGUGCUGGUGAACAUCCAGACACAGCGCUACACCAUCUCCUAUACUGGGUGCCUCCUGCAGAUGUACUUCUUCAUGGCCCUGACCCUGCUGGAUGACUUCCUGCUGGCCGUGAUGGCCUAUGACCGCUACGUGGCCAUUUGCCUUCCUCUUCACUACACCACGAUCGUGAGCCCCCAGCGCUGCCUGCUGCUGGUCACUGUGUGCUGGCUCUGCUCCCACCUCCUGGCCUUCCCACUCACUCUCCUGAUGUCUCAGUUCUCCUUCUGUGCCUCCCGUUCCAUCCCACACUUCUUCUGUGACCUCCCCCCGCUCCUCACACUGGCCUGCUCAGAUACUCACAUCUUUCAGAUCAUGAUGUUUACUAACUCAACCCUGUCGGGUGUGGUGCCCCUCGGCUGCGUCCUCGUCUCCUAUGCGCACAUCAUGCGCACCAUCCUCACGAUCCCCUCUGCUGGGGGGAAGCACAGAGUCUUCUCUACCUGUGGCUCCCACCUGACAGUGGUCACUCUCUUUUAUGGGACACUCUUUCUGGUGUAUUUCCAGCCCUCCUCCUCCUACUCGGCUGACACCGGAAUGGUGGCAUCUGUGGCAUACACGAUGGUCACCCCCAUGCUGAACCCCUUUAUCUACAGCCUGAGGAACAGGGACAUGAAGGGGGCUUUGUGGAGACUCCUCGGCUGUGGAAGAUGGUCUGCCCAGUAAAGAGACCUCCCCCAGAGUAGACGACCAGGCUUUUCAACAUGCCUCCUCCCUGGACUUGUCUAUUAUAAAUUUGAAUGACUCACUUUCAAGACAGGAUGGAUGCUUAGCCUUACAAGCAGAUGCACAAAAUGAAGAUUCUGAUUUUACAGGGCAGGUAUAGGACAGCCUGGAGAGGGAGUGUGAUCAGUAGGCCCUACACAGUGACUUGGGGACUGAGUAAUAUAUCCAAGCACAUGCAGUCCAGAGCUGGGAACACCAAAAACAUCAGCAAAAACAUCCUCCUUGGAUUCCAGGAGGAAGCUCAGUAGGAGCACAGGUAGGACUCAAGUCUCCCCAACAGCAGAAAUGCUGGCAAGACUAGGCAGGUGAGGAUCUAAGUCAGUCACUGGGCUUCAGGCAUCAACUCUGACCAUGCCUCGGAAGAAACUGCAUUGUGGCCAUUGGCCUCAACAUUGAGAAUAUGACAUGGCAGAAUGUGUGUGUGGCCGGAAAAGGCAAUAUUCUAGAAAAGAAACCUAGGCUCAGAAAGAGUACGAUAUUUGUGCAGUAUCAAACAUCUGGAAUUAGAUCUUUGUCCCUGGAAGAUUAUUUGUGUUUUUUUAUUUGCUACUUGUGACCAUUUUAUUCUUCACUUUUUAAACCCUGGGUUAUUUCUCCUCCAACCUAAAAACCAUGCAUGUCAUUGCAAUAAAUGUCUAAACUAUAAAGAAAAAAUUUUAAUCCUUUUCUAAAAAGAAACUAUUCUGA